UUAACGCUUAGUGUGGCUACAAGAGUGGUAGUUGCUAAUAGCCCAAUAUGCCAGUGAAUUUUAAGCCGGGGGAUCUGGUGUUCGCCAAGAUGAAGGGCUAUCCUCACUGGCCGGCACGGAUUGAUGAUAUCAGAGAUGGAGCAGUGAAACCGCCUCCAAACAAGUAUGCUAUAUUUUUUUAUGGGACCCAUGAGACAGCUUUUCUUGGUGCAAAGGAUCUGUUUCUAUAUGAAAAGUACAAGGAUAAAUAUGGCAAGCCAAACAAAAGGAAAGGGUUCAAUGAAGGACUUUGGGAAAUUCAGACCGAUCCGCAGGCCAGUUACAGGUUUACUCCUCCAGCCAUAAAUUCAUCUGACAGUGAUGUGUCGCAUGAAAAAGCCCAUGAAGAGAAUAGCCUCACUGUCCUUCCCGUUGCUGAAACAUCAAGUGACGAUGCGUGUAGUGAAAAGGAAGAAGAAAUUAAGUCUCCAAAUCCUCCCAAACAUACAUCCAGUGAAAUGGAGCCAGAAAGUGCAUCUUCAUCUAAAGAAGAAAACUCUGACAGUGACCAGCAGAUUAUGAAUGAAUCUGAUUCAAAAUCUGGCUCUGAUACAGACACAGAUCAUAAGCAGCAGUCUUCAUCUUCCUCAGAAAAGCCUGUGAAGAAAGCGGCAAAAACUUCCAGAGCAUUAGUGAGAAAACCUGUUUCAAAACCUCAUGGGCAGUCAUCCAAAGCAAGCCAGUCAACAACUUCUUCGAACAGUGACAGUGAUAGCUCACCAGAUCGUAUAAGUGAUUGGAAGAAGAAAGAUGAAGAAAGGUGUCGGGAGCUUGAAGAACGUCAUCGAAGGGAGCAGGAUGAGCAGUUGCGCAGGUUAAGGGAAGAGGAAAGGGAAGAAGAGGAUAAAAAAAAAAAAGAGAAAGCAGACAAGGGAAAUGCUGCAGACAGUGAUAGUAACAGCAUCAGUAGUGAAAAAAGGCCAUCUAAACCAGUAAAGCGGGCUCUUUCAUCUGAUUCUGAUUCUGAACAAGAGAUUUACAAAAAGGCAACGUUUUCUUCUGCAAACACUAAGAAGGAAAUAGGGAAGUCUGGAUCAUAUUCUGACAGUAAUAAAAAGGUAAAGAAAACCUUAAAAAAAAGCCAAGCCUCAGAACCAGGAAAAAAAACAAAUCAGAAGAAGUGGGGAGAUCGUCCAAGGGGAAGGCCUCCUAGGACAGAAAAGCUUAAGAAAAAACCUGAUGUGACAAGUGACCAAAAAUCAGUGAUAAAAGAGCCCACUGUGGAAGAACAACUCCAGAAGCUUCACAGCGAAAUCAAGUUUGCACUGAAAGUUGAAAAUCCAGAUGUUAACAGAUGUUUAGGUGCUCUGGAGAAGCUUCGCAGUCUUCAGCUGACUUCUCAUAUUCUGCAGAAGAAUACUGAUCUUGUCGCUACACUGAAGAAGAUACGAAGAUACAAGGCAAAUCAGGCUGUUAUGAACAAAGCUGCUGAAGUGUAUACUGGAAUCAAAGCUCGGAUUCUUGGUCCUAAACUUGAAAAAUGGCCAAAAGAAGAUGAAGGUGUUUGUAGUGUGGAGAAGAAUACAAAUUUUGAAAGCCCAAUUAAAGAACAAGAUGAAGAUUCUUCACUCAACGGAGACUCUGUUUCACAAAAAACUCUUCGUGCAGAUAAGGAGAUAGAGGUGGAACAGAUUCCCACUGCCAUCAAGAGUUCUUGUGAGAAUCCACACAGCCGGUCAGCUGGCUGGUCUGUGAGUGACACGCUUAAGAUUGAAGAUUUUGCAGAUGCUCUGUCAGAAACUCUAGUUCCCUUUUGGUACGCACAAGUUGAGGCGCUCAACUAA